GCCAGUGAUGGGCGCUUCCAAACGCACGUCACCGAUUACGCGCACAGGCGUCUGUUUACCCUUUAGGCUUUGCCAUCCACUACCAAGUUUACACAUAGUGACCUCUUUAGACUCAGAGACUCAGCGGUGCUUUCAACCUUACACGAUGAAUCCUCCUCGGAAGAAGAAGACCUUUGGGACCGCGUGGCUAAGGCGAAGCCCCUCAAAUCCUCAUUCCCCAGUGGAGAGUGGAGCCAGUGAAAUUGAGACGUCCUCUUUCCCGCCUUCACGGGAUGAAUCCCCCGGAAAACCUCCAGGGCCGGUUCGAAAGUUGUGGGGCAAGGUGACCAAGCGUUCCGCUCAAAGCGCUCGACAGUCCCCAAACCCUGAACCCGCAGCUGCAAGUUCCAGCGCACCGGAUUUCCUACCCGCUCAGGCCACUCAGGAUCCUUCACCACUCACUGCUCCCACUCCCACUCCCGAACCAAAUCCUGACCAGCCUUCCAAUUCAGGCAUUCCGAAGGCCGAGCAACCUGACCCGAAGUUUGUGAAUGAGCGCAUCGCCGAUGCCAUAGAAGGCGUCGCAAGCAUGAAAUCCGUCCCUGUAAUGGCCCAAAAUACUGCUUUGCAAACGAACAACUUGCAAUCCAUUCCCGACACGAUCGACACGUUCUCCGCGAUACUUAAACCCUUGAAAGCAUUCAACUCAAUCGCUAAUGUGCUUGCAGAUGCCCAUCCCUAUGCAAAGGUGGCAUUGAGCAUCUUCACUUACGCGUCCCAGAUGAUUCUCGAUCAGGCAGACCGCGAUGCUGCUGUCUCUGGUUUGCUCUCGAAGAUCUCUGAGGUCUAUACUUUCAUCACGGAAGAAGAGGCGCUCGCCACAUCCAUGCCAGCAAUCUAUGGGAAGAUAGCGCGAC